AUGGUGUGGAUGCAUAUUGAUAUUGAUGUUUAUCUACAACCCUUAAUUAAAGAGUUGAAGGAGUUAUGGCAUGAUGGUGUGGAUGCAUAUGAUUCUGUUAAGCGGGAAAUGUUCAAGUUGCAUGCAGCCUUGUUGUGGACUAUUAGUGACUUUCCUGGUCUUGGAACAUUGUCUGGAUGGAACACCUACACUGGACUUGCUUGUCCAACAUGCAACUUUGAUAGUAUUCCUUGUCGCCUCCCCUAUAGUAGGAAAUGGUGUUUUAUGGGUCAUCGACGCUUUCUUGAUCAAAGACAUAGGUUUAGACUGAACAGGAUUCGUUUUAAUGGACAACAGGAGCUUCGUCAUCCACCCAAGAUAAUUUCUGGUUUUGAUGUUCUUGAUCAAGUUCAGAAUGUUGAUGUCACUUUUGGUCGUAGUCAAGAUGUUAGAGGAAAGGGGAAGAGGGUACGUGGCAAUGCAGGUGUUAAACAAUGGAAAAAGAAAAGCAUAUUUUUUGAUCUUCCUUACUGGGAGUCCAACUUACUGCAUCACAAUCUUGAUGUGAUGCAUAUUGAGAAGAAUGUGUUUGAUAAUAUUUUAUACGCCUUGUUAGGUGAUAGUGCAAAGUCUAAAGAUCACCUAAAUGCUCGAAAAGACUUGAAAGAAUGGAAGUGUAAGUCAGACCUUUGGCUAGGUGAGAACGAGAAAUAUCCUUUAGCAAUCUACACAAUGAAUAAUAAAGGCAAGAAGGCAUUCCUUAGUACUUUAAAAAACAUUUCAGUGCCAGAUGGUUAUUCAAGCAACAUUUCUAGGUGUAUUGAUGUAGACACUCUUCGAGUGAAUGGAAUGUUAAAAAGUCAUGAUUGCCAUGUAUUGAUGCAACAACUUCUACCAUUGGCUAUGAGGGUAGCAUUGCCUGAACAGGUGUCCAAGAUUUUAAUUGAAUUAUGCUCUUUCUUUAAACAAAUAUGUAGUAAGGUGUUGAACGUCACAAGUUUAGAAAGAUUGCAACAUGGAAUUGUUCUGACUUUAUGCCACAUGGAAAUGUUAUUUCCCCCUUCGUUCUUCACAGUCAUGGUUCAUUUGAUUGUUCACCUUGUUGAUGAAGUUAAGCUAGGAGGUCUAGUCCAUUAUCGGUGGAUGUAUCCUAUCGAGAGGUACUUGGGACAAUUGAAGUCGUAUGUACGAAACAAGUCACGACCUGAAGGAUCCAUUGCAGAAGGUUACUUAAUGCAAGAAAUUCUUACAUUUUGUUCUCGAUAUCUUGAUGAUAUUGAGACUAGAUUUAAUCGACCGGGUCGUGUUGAUGAUGCAUGUAAUGAAGAACAACCUAACCCACGUGUUAAGGAAUUUUUCCUCCAAGUUGGAAAUCCACUUGGUGGUUCUUCAUAUUUCAAUCUUACACUGACAGAAAGAUUACAAGCUCAUAGACAUGUCCUAAUCAAUUGCCCGGCAGUUGAUCGUUAUCUCAAGGAUUUUAGAGUGGAGGUGCGGAGACGCAUUAGACAUCGAACAAGGAGUCAAGCUGAAGUUGACAAAAUAGUUCACAGAGAGUUUGUUACAUGGUUCUCCAAACGGAUUGUUAGAGAAGUGGAAAACUUGAAUGAAAGUGAUAAAGCUUUCAUGCUUUCUCUUGGUCAGGGUCCCAUUGUCCAAGCUAGAAGAUUCAAUGCAUAUAAUGUUAACGGGUUCAAAUUUCGAACCUUGGCACGUGAUGAUGGCUUGAAAACUCAGAAUAGUGGGGUAUAUGGUUCGUUUGGCACUAGAAGUUAUUCUAGUAAUAAUGAUCCUCAAAUGAGGUUUGGGGAUGUCUUAUAUUAUGGAAAACUGGUAGACAUUAUAGAGAUAAACUAUUGUGGCUUAUUCACGGUUCCUUUGUUCAAAUGUCAGUGGGCUAAUACCACUAAUCCUAGAGGCAUUAAAAAAGAUAAGUUGGGAUUUACUUCAAUUAAUUUCAAUAGACUAAUACAUACUGGUGAACAUGAAGAUGAUGAGCCAUAUAUCAAAGCCUCAGAGGCACAAAUGGUUUAUUAUGUGGAUGAUGAAAUAGAAAAGGGUUGGAGUAUACCUGUUCAUUUGAAGCCAAGAGACUUAUAUGACAUGGGUGAAGAUGAAGAACUUAUGCCUUCCAUAGAGUCAUUUCCAUCACAGAACUUGGAAGAUAUUUUUUUUGAUGAUGCUAUGCAUAUGCAAUUGGCAAGACCAGAUGCUGAUGAUGAGCCUCCUAGUUUUACAAAUAAUGAAGAUGACAAUGAUGAAGUUCUUACAUGA